AUGGCCUCGUGUGGCGGUGGGGGCGGAGCGCGCCUGGUGGCCCCGGUCCAGGCCAUCGUCCUCAGUCCGGACCCAGACGAGGAGGACGCGCUAGCCGGCGGUGCGGAGCUGUGGCGUCAGGCGCGGCGGGUGCGUCUCGGGAGCCGGCUGCUGCCGAGCCGACUGGCGCGCCGUCCGCCGUCCUCGCCUCCGCCGCGGCAGCUGAGGAGAAGCGCCUCGUCCGAACACAGCGAGGGCAGCUCGACCGGCCGGCGGCGCAGCAGCUGCGACAUCACCCUCUGGAGUGACGCCGAACUGAUGGCGCCGCCUGGGCAGACAUCAGCGCGUCGGCAGCGGCUCAGACCCACCACGGCCAGCUUCCGCCGGCUCAGAGAGACAGCCACCAGCGUGUUCGGAGCAGUCAAGUUCCGCGCAGAGGCAGCGGACGGGAGUGGAGAGAGGCUCGGAGUGCCAUCAGACCAGAGCAGAGUAAGAAGCCGGAGCUACAUGGAGGGUGAGGGAGAGAGCUGGGGAGUGGAGGGUGAGAGCAGUGAGAGGGAGAGAGGCGAGAGUGACCCGGAGGAUCUGCUGACGAUGUAUGACUCAGGAGGUGACAUGUCUCAAGGAGGAGUCAGACAGAAAGAUCACCUGAGGAGGCCUCCUCUAAAUAAAAGAAUGUCGGAGCUCGCUCGAAGAUCGGCUGAUAGGAUUCUGCAGUCGGGUAAGCAGGAGCAGCAGAUCAUGGAGCGAUUCGUGCUCCGAGAGAGCUCACAGGAGAGACUGAAGCGGGCCAGAGCUCGCGCACUGAGACCUCCGCCCUCUGUAUCGGGCUCCAGUAAUGCCAGCAGCGUCACCUCCCGGGGGAGCGGUAUGAGGACCAUCAGCGUACGAAUCGUCAAAGAAAUCCUACCUCCAGGUCCAGAGACGAACGACCCAGCUCCGCAGACCACUGAGCUCUCGGCGACACAGGCGCCCGAGGUUCCUGCGGCGGACAAUGCGGAGACUACCACUUCUGCCGCCGCUCCCGAGGUGUCGCCACCGUCUGCGGUGGGCUGGACGCCGUCGCGUCGUUCGUCGGUAGCGUCGGUGACGUCGCAGGUGUCGCUGACGCCGGCCCAGCGGCGCGCCUUCCUGAAGAAGCUGCGGCUCAGACGCAACGUGCAAGUGCCGGGAGUGAUGUACACGGACCAGGCACGCGCCGCCGCCGUGGCGCUCGGCGAACACGACAUCAAGUACAGCCUCAAGAACCGGCGCUUCCUCAACCGCGGCCACGGCAGCUGCUGGGUCUCCGACGACUCGACGUUUGCCGCCUUCGCGUCGCACGCCCAGCUCGAGCUGCGCCGCGGUGACCCGACCUACGCCAUCCAGCUGUUUGACCGCGUGAGUGAGGCUAAGUGUCCUGUGUCACAUCAGAUAUGGAGGACAGAGAUAGGAAUAAGCAAUGGAAACGCUUUAGAGUUUGAGCCGAAAGACGAGUCGUGUCUGGCCAGCCGCGCCAAGUGUAACCUGCUGCUGGGGAACAAUGAGGCAGCCCUGAAGGACGCCGAGCUGAUCCUCCGCCAGAACCCGCGCUGCGCCAGAGCUCUGUCGCAGAAGGCCGAGGCUCUGUACGCGCUCGGAGAGUUUGAAAUGGCCCUGGUGUACUUCAGUCGUGGGCUCCGACUCCGACCCGACAUGGCGGUGUUUCCGCUCGGAGUCGACACAGCCACCGAGGCCAUCGAGAACGCUAUUGGAGAGCGGGCUGGCCUGAUCUUCAGUGGAGUCGAGCCGCUGCUGGAGGGUCUGAAACUGAGUCCCGACCUGACUGAGGAGGCCGCUCCGACCCCGUCCCCGCCUCCGCCCUCCAAACCCUGCUCGGCGGGCGGACUGUCCCGGGGGGCGAGCAGAGACACUGCCGGCUCCGGCCGAGGGCGGGGGCGGGGGCGGGGACGGGGGCGAGCCAGCAGCAGCCGAGCCGCCCGUGCCGCUCCCAACUGUCGCCCGGUGCUCGAGGAGCUGGCCGUUGAUAAGGAGUACAUGGAGAGGCUGAUCCAGCACCCGGCCCUUAGUGGUCAGUGUCGAACGGAGGUGGUCAAACAUGCCGAACAGGCUAUCACCUUCCUGGAGAAACGACAGCAGUUCUGGGCCAAGCAGAAGCCCGUCUACACCCGCCAAAUGGAGCGGCGGCGCGCCCUGGGCUUGCUGGGCCCGACAUCUGGCGGCGGACGAGGGAAGCGUCGGACCAGCUCGGCCCGCCCGCCAGGUGGCAGAGUUGGUAGCUGUAUAGAUGUCGCUAGGUCCGCUCGGAGCUCGGACCGAGCCGGUGCAGUGGAUAGCGCACGCUCGACGGAGCGCGUGUCUGACGGUGGUGGUGGUUCCAGCUCACCCAGCGCUACUGAUCGGUCGUCGAGCGAUAGAGGGGGCGCCAGCUCCGUGGGGUCGACGGAUAGGACCUCCAGCGGCGUGGGAAGCGCCACCAGUGCGGCCGAUUUGGGCUGAGGCGCAGCCGGUGUUCCCAUUCAACUUUUGUAGCUUAUUCCAAUGUGUUUUACGCUGGGUACCGUUGAUUAUAUUUCCAUUUCUGGAUUUAAUACUUUUUAUUGCUUUAUGAUACACUCGUAUGUAUAUGAUCCAUUUUCAUACAUGUCAAUUGUUUAUGAGUCAAACAUUAUUUUAGGCAUGCUGUGAUGCUACCGUCAGGCAUUAGCUGUUGGGUAAAGACCUUAAAACCUAUACAGCGGUCUGUCAAGAUGGUCACGCAACGUGCAGUCUAUGGUAGAUUGCCAUGCCUUGUGUGCUUGGAAAUACACUUGUUCAGUAAAUGUCUAAAAAUAUGAGUAGGUACGAAGGACUGUCUAAACUGUUAGUAUGUCUCCCUUCAAUAAAUACAAGAGUUUCAGUC